UCCAAUGAAUGUUGAAGAUUUAAGAAAUGAAUUGAAUGAAUUACACAAAAAGCAGGCAGAAAGUCUUACAAAAAGGAAAACGAUUAUAAAGGAGAUUAAGAACUUCUCAUUUUAGUAUUGGUUAUUUAUAAUAUGAAUUAGAAAAUAAGAUUACAAAAAGAUAAAAUUAAAUGAUGGAAAAGAAUAGGUAGUUCUUAUUGUUUUGAUUAUAUAGAAAGUAUUUCAAAUAAAUCUUGCGGGUGCUAAGGAAGAACGCGCAGAAAAGUAAAAGUAGCUUGAUGAACAAGUACCCACUAUCUCGAAGGAGAAGGAUCGACGUUUAGCAAAAUCUUUAUUAGGAAAUCAUCUCUAAAAAGCAAAAUAAGACUUGAUAGGUGAGAAAUCGAAGGUAUCUAUUUUCUAACCAAUUAAAAUAGUUGGAAAAAUAAAUAGAGAUAAAUAAGCGAUUAGAUGAUAAAGACAAAUUGGAUUUACAAACUCUCAAAGAAGAUUAAAAUGUAUUUCUAUUUUAUAAAUUUUCAGAAAAAGAAGAGUUAAUUAGUUAAUGAGAGGAAGUAAUUAGAGCGUGAUUUAGCUGCUGAUGAAUAUAAAAGAUAGGUAUUAAAAUAAAUAUUUUUAAGGUUCUAUUACUUGAAUUAUAAAUAAAAAUAAUGAGAGAUUUUUUUAUUACUAAGUAAAUUAUUUGAUGAAAAUAUUUUAGAACAUAUCCUCAUAUUUUAUGGUAGCCUGCUAAAACCAAUGAGGGUAUGAAUCCUCUUAAAGAAUAUAGUAGUGAAAAGUUUAAUGUAAAAUAUUGAUUAGAAGUAAAAUAGGAAAUGGAAAAGGAUUUAAAGGAAAAAUUGUUGAGAGCAUACACUAACUUCAGUGAAUCGCAAUAUUAAAAGUUGAAGGAAUAAUAAGUUUAAUAGGAGCACGAAAGUUCAUAAUCAGAAAGCGAGGAGUCAUAGGAUAAAUAAAAGGGUGAAGGGUAAGAAUGAUGAAAAAUUAUAGGUAAUAAUAUAAGAUUUAGUUAAAUAAAUAUUAAAAAAAUUUUGUGUGUUUAUUUAUAAAUAAUUUAUAUCAAAACUUGAUAUUUAAUCCAUAAAAAUGUCCAGUUAAUUUGAAGGUAUUUACGAUAUUUAAUAAUUAAUUUUUACAUAAAAAAAAUUCUCAUAUGAUAAGUAAUCUUAGAAGUUAGGAUAGUGUUCAAAUGUCUAUGAUGCAGUAGCCAUUUUCUUUCUAAAAUGUUUAUCAUAGUUUUGACGGUAAUGAUUAGAGAAUAAAGGUAAUCUAAUAAAUAAUAAUUAAUUAGAUAAAUUAGCUCCAAAUAAUUUAACAUAAAUUUAUAAAGUGUCUUAACAAUUUGAUUCGACAUUAGAAUAACAAAAAGAAAGGAAAUAUAAUUGUUUUACCAAACCAAAAUAAUCAGCUAUAUGUAUUUAAUAAUUCUAAAAUUCAAGAUUAUUUUUUAGGAUGACAAAAUCUUUAGAAAGAUUAAAGUUUAGGAAUCAAAUGAUAGUACUUUCAUGUCUUUUCCAAGAAAUACUUUUCCUCUUAUAUAAUGUAACAAUUUUAAAAAUCAUUAGAUUAACCAUAUCCUUAAUUUUAUGCUAAUUAUCCACAAGAAUAAUUUGCACCAAUGCAAUACUAAAUAACUAAUCCUAUCUUAUAAUCUUAAGAUAGAUUUUUAGUUUAACCAAAAUAAGUUCAAUAAAAUCAGCAUUUUCGAACAUCUGAUUUUUAGUUUUUUGGUUCUCAUGAUGAUUCUGAAUCUAUUGAACCUCAAUAGGUUGAAAAAGAUAGUAAGGAACAUAAAAAUUCUUAUUUUAAAUUAAAGAAUAGAAUUAAAAAAGGAAAAGUAAAUGAUACCAAAAACAUUACUAAAAAUUUUUCUAAAGCAAUAAUUACUUAUAUUAUAUAAAAUAAAGACAUUGGACUAAAAAUAAUGAAUUAUGAAUAAUUUGAAGAAUUUGUAACAAUUUUAAAAGAUAAGAAAAAUCAGAUGACAAAUAUUAAAUAACUCAGGGAUCUUUGGGUUGAAACGAAUGAAGAGAAAAGUUAAUAAUUUAAUAAAGCAUUUAGAAUUUUUAGGUAUAUUUUUUAUUAAUAAUUUAUAGUGAAUACUUUUUAAAACAAUAGUCAGUGUCUUACAUUUAUAAUUCAAGAAUAGCAAAUACUGGAUGGCAUUUAAAAUACAGAUAUAACUUACUUCGAGCACUUAAAGAACCAGAAAAUUUUAAAUACAUCAAAGAUAUUUGA